AUGACGGCAACUAAACGCAAACGCGACGCGUCUUCAAAGGGGCUGAAUCCAGGAGAAAUGCUCCAGCGUACAACCCAUACCACAGCCUCGACUUCGUGGGGCUGGGUGCUUUCUGAGGCAAAGACUGUCUCUGAAAUAACCAACGACCAUCUGCUCGCAACCUGCGGCAUGUCUGCCCUGAAUACACACCGCUUCUGUCGCAAUAAGUACUCUCCGCGACUGAAGGAGGCGCCGCCGAAUGAUGAGGACAUUAUUGUUAUUUCCGACGACGACGACGACCUGCAGUGUUCAAAGCGCUCGUGCAAGACCAAUCCCAAUUGUCUCAACUACAUCGAGGGCCAAAAACAAUGGGAAUCUGAGGCUGACGCGCGUGAGAUGUUCCUCGAGGUCGCAAAUCUUGGUCGCGACCCUACAGAAGACGAUAGGAAGAACGGUGUACCAGUUGGUUUGAAGAAUCUUGGUGCCACUUGUUAUGCGAACGCAUCGCUACAGGUCUGGUUUCGAGAUCUUGCCUUUCGGAGAGGCGUGUUCGACUGCGAGCCGCCAGAGGGAAAUUUUGAGAAAUCUCCCAUUUUCCAGCUACAAAUCACAUUUGCGGCGUUGCAAUGCAUCGCGCAAGAUGUGUUCAACCCCGAGAAGCUGGUAGAAGCCCUUGAGCUAAAGACGACAGAACAACAGGACGCUCAAGAGUUUUCCAAACUCUUCCUUUCACAUCUGGAUACUGAGUUCCAAAAACAAUCUAACCCUGUUCUCAAGACAUUGAUUACGGACCAGUUUCAGGGAAAACGGGUCUAUGGGAUAAUUUGUUCUAAAUGCGGCAACGAUAGUCCGAAAGAUUCUGAUUUUUUGGAAAUAGAGAUCAACUUCAAGAACAACACGAAGCUUGAAGAUGGUAUCUCAAACUCGUUGCGAGAAGAGCUGAUGUCGGGCGACAAUCAAUAUUCUUGCUCGACGUGUGGUGGCCUACAGGACGCAACUCGCUAUACGGAGCUCGCGUCCCUCCCACCAGUUAUCCAUUUCUCUUUGCAACGGUUUUCGUACAACUUGGACACCAUGGAGCGCGUCAAGUCCAAAAAUGUGAUUACGUUCCCCCAAGUCCUGGACAUGACACCCUUUCUCGGCAAAACAGCGGAUGUGUCGACAAAGGCCGAUUCUAAUAUCUACGAAUUACGAGGCGUCCUACUGCACAAAGGAAAAUCGGCAUAUCACGGUCACUACGAGGCACAAAUUCAUGACGUAACCUCGAGCUCCUGGUUUCAAUUCAACGACGAGGUUGUGAGUAGGAUCAAGAAAUUAGGCGACAAACCUCCUGCGAAGGAAGCAAUCAUCGAUGUAGAUGACGAUGAAAACCGCAAAAAGCAGCGUGAAAAUAAGCGCAAGCGACAGCGCAUUGACGACAGCGACGAUGAGCGACAAACAACAUUGGAUGCGGAGAAUCGUAUUUCGUCCAAGGAUGCAUAUAUGCUCAUCUAUGCUCGGCGGGAGUCAUGUCCUUCUGUACAAGUCCCCGAGCCUCCAUCUCGUGCUCUCAGUGCUGUCGAUGAGCUGAAUGCCGCUCAUCAGCGCGCUUGUGCCACCUAUGCCGCAAAGGAACAAGAAACUAUCGCGGCCUACCAACGAACGAGGACUCAAGUCCUGGAUAUAUACCGACAGUGGUCUGUCACAGCAAAUCAAAAGGAUUUCGUUAUCGUUGGUCAGAAAACUUUGGAAGAGUUCCUGCAAACAGCCGUCAUCAAAUCCACUCUGGCCAUUGAUGCCACGGAACCACAACGUCUUGCUCUAGACGAUGUUAUCUGUGUUCAUGGUCGAUACGAUCCAAAGAAGUCGCUGUCAAUGAAACGCAUCGGUAGAGAUGCAUACGACAAAAUGAAGAAGUUGAACUGCGUUAUUGAGCCAGAGCUUACGUUGGAAGACGUAUGUCGAGAGUGCGUAGAAGAAACAUUCCAUGUCAAACUCUAUGCAAAGCAACAUCCCCAACAAGUAAUAGAGUUUGAUGAGGUAUGCCAGCCGGUACCACUUCAAGUUAGCUAUUGGAUAUCCAAGCCAUGGCUGAAAGACUGGAGGCUGAAUAGACCAAAAAUGACGACCCCGACGGGUGAUCCGUCGCCCGGAUCAGACGAUUACUUGGGCCACGUUCAAUGCGAGCAUGGUGGGCUUGCUCUCAACACCACACAACGGUGCAGGAUAUCGCGGCGUGGUGUUGAAUUGCUGCAAACGCUAUAUCCUUCUUGGAAGCCGCUGUCUGACGAGUUGGAGUCGUGCUUGGUUUGCGACAGUCUUGUAAAUAUGGGUGCAGAAGAACGACAGCAAGUCCGACGACGUGCGGAGGAAGAAAAGGCCAGGCUCAAGGCCUUGUAUGACGACGCAAGCUCAUACCAAGCCUCUUUGGACGAUGUUUCAUGCGCCCUGGCUCCGGCGGACUUCCUCCAAGCCUGGCGAGCGUGGGUAAGCCGCCCAUCUGAAAAUCUUCGACCCGAUCGUAUCGACAACAAGUCAUUCUUCUGUGAACAUAAUCUGCUCGCGGUCGAUCCUAAUUGCGAAGCUGACUGGAGGGGAGCUCUUGCCGUAAUCAAGAAGUCGGACUGGGACCACCUCGAACAAAUAUACUCUGGAGGCCCUUUAAUCGAGAUCCAGAAAUCUCAGCGCUCAUUUACUCACCCGAUACCCGUCUGCACCGGGUGUCGCCAACGCCGCCAGACGGAAUGGCUUGAAACGGAGAUUACCAUACAAUCUGAACAGAAGGAGCCUACAACCGGAGAGAAGAAGGCUGCUAACUUCUAUGGCGGCCCACGGCAGUCAACUCGUCUCCGGCUCGCGAAAGAAAGCACCAGUCGGACCAAGAUGAAGAUUCUGAAAACAACCACGAUCAAGGACAUCAAAGUUCACGUUCAAAAGGAGCUGAAGAUUCCGACGAUAUGCCAGCGUCUGUUCUAUCGCGACGAAGAACUGUCAGAUAACUCAGCGACGGCCGCCUCGAUUAAUGUCCUUGCCCACUCAAUCCUCCAGCUCAAGCAGGAAAACGAGGUUUAUGAAAUUUCUGAUUCAGAAGAAGCACCAAAGAAGAAGAGGAAAACCGAAGAGGCUGCCGGUUUCGGAGGUACAUUACUCGGGCGAACGAAUGCCACGAGGUCGUCUAGCCCUCCAGACGAACAGCUCGCCCCAGCGGUCAAGAUCUGUAGAAUAUGCACUUUGGAGAACGGAACCGAUUUGUUGGCUUGCGACGCUUGCGAAACGCCUUUUGAUUGA